AUGUCGGUUCAGGAGGCAAACGGAGCGCUGGAGCUAGCGUGCGGAGCUCAGGGCAGAUCCGUUGGCAUCCGGCUUUGUGCAAGUAGCGAGCUGGCAGCGAAUCCGAAGGCUGCCCCCAAAGAGAAGGAAGGCUGUUUGGCCUUCGUCGCGGCAGAAGGGAGGCUAGACAAGGAGGAUGUCGAUGGGUGCAUGACUCAUUCAAAAGAAGCCUUGGAGAAGUUCAAGGCAUGCAAACAUCCCACGGGUGUCGCUGAUACUUUGAGAAUGAUGGUCUUAGCGUAUCGCAUUCAGGCAGAUGUGCUGCGGAGUGCGGAGGAAGACAAGACCAAGGAUAUCAAGGCGGCUCUUAGCACGGCCGAGUCCUUGGCUAAAGAAGAGGCAGCAAAGUUCAAGGAGGCUGGUGAUAAGCGCGGCGAGGCGGUGAUGCUUCUGGCCGCUGGCGAGAUCAACUACAACAAGCGAGGCGGCAAAAAGCGUGGCGAAGCCAUCGAGGACUUAAACAAGUCUAAGGAGCUCGCGAAGCAAGCGGGUGACAAGAAGGUCGAAGCCACGGCCGUCUUCGUCCAGGCGAAUGCCGCGAUUAAGCUUCGGAUGAACGACGACUCCUAUAUGUUCGCGCAGGAGUCGUACCGGCUAUACGAGGAAGCCGCGGACAAGAAGGGCAUGGGCAAGGCUUUGCACAUCAUGGCCUUGGCCCAGGUGCUGGCAGAAGACUUCGAUGACGGCGUGAAGACGGCCGAGCAGGCGCUGGCCAUCUUCCGAGAGAUGUCGCUUCGAAAGCUCGAGGCCUUCGAGCUCUUCAUCAUCGCCCACUACUACCUUACGCGGAAGAUGGGCCGGGAGGCGAUUCCCUACGCAGAGGACGCGCUGGAGCUGUUCAAGGAGGUUGAUUUCGAUGGUUCGGGCUGGACAUCCAACGCCUUCGACUGCCUCACUCAAGCCUUCAUUGCCAAGGCGGGCGGAUGGCUCAUGGAUGGCCUAAGCACCGAUGUUUAUGAGGCCCCUGUCGGCUUUUUACAAGGGCUCUACGUUUCUGUGACAAGGGCUCUGGCCUGGCACAGGGCUAUCGGCGUCGAUGACGAGCUCUUCCUGGAUAGUGCACUCAUGGACAGCGGCAUGGCUCCUCGAUGCAAGACAGAGGCCGCAUAG